AUGGAUAUUUCAAAUCCAGAUAUAACCCAUAUGCAAAUAAAAUUGAGCAAGGUCUACAACCUGGACUAUGGUACCAUUCAUCCACUGGAUGGGUUUGUUGUGACAAGAGUAAUAGACGAUGGUGAUCAAAUUUGGAGCUCGCAAGACGGUGAGGAGUGUACACUUGUGGAGCAUUUUAUGGGCGACUCUGCUUCACUGCUGGCAUUGCGGGUAGAAAACGGUUUAGACGUGGACUUUUUCAGUUUUGAGAUGGACGAUGUAGGCUGGAAGUCAAUUGAUAUUGGAGGAUUCGUGGAAAGAAUCAGUAGCAUGCUGGACGGAGUUUCCGUAGAAUCUGACGAUGGCUAA